AUGAUUCACCAAAAGCGCGCAACUGAACGUGAUUGCGAUAGUCUGCAAUGUCUACUGUUGUCCAAUAGGGACAUGAUGAGAAUUCCAGAUAUGCAAGUUUACCUUCUUGGUGCAACUUCAUAUCCAAGUUGCUCAGCCUAUGCGUUGAAAAGGACUGCUCAGCAUCACGCGCAAUUGUUUGAACAGAAAUUUGUGACAACAGUUAAACGAAACUUCUACGUUGACGAUUGUUUAAAAUCAGUAGACAAUGAACAGAACGUUAUUGAUUUAGUUCGUGAUCUGCAGUCGAUCAUGAAUAAAGGCGGUUUUCGACUUACUAAAUGGAUCACUAACAGCAGAACAGUUCUUUCCAUUAUUUCUGAUUUGAAUAUAAGAACAUCUGGUAACAGAAGGGUCAUCUACUAUUAUAGACCCUUCGAAGUGCAGCGAACUGGAAUUGAAUACUAG